AACUCAACGUCCAUGACCGACCGAUACGCUCACAGUGUUUGUUUUCAACAGCUGUCGAAAUAACUGGUCCAAAUUUCGUGACGCUUUUUCGCUUUCCCGUUUAACUUUCCCAACUUCCUUCUGACCGCAACAAGCUGGCUUCCCGGGACCUUUUAUAACGCGCCGUUUGUCGGUUCGAGAGCUGCGCGUGUGUGUGUGCGAGGCGGGUGGGGAACGUGGUGAACGGAACGGGAGACCGAGGGUUUGGCUGUGGUGAACAAUUGCGUCGAAUGUGCUGUGCACUUCCGCUGUGGUGGUAGAGAGACGGGUGCGUAAGAGUGAGCGAGAGGAAGGUAAAACUUCCCCCCCCACCCCUUCUUAGCCUAGAGGGGCCGAGAGCUAAACGCGAGCAGAUAAGAGGUUGCAGCACCGUGCACCACACAUUACGCCACCCUUCGUAACGGUUUUCAUCAUUCCCUCUGCGUAACGUUCCGGGUUAACAUGUUCCGAGCACGCAAACAGCUUGGCAAGCGGCAAACGGCGGACAGUGGCAAUGGCUUUCGUCCGAAGAAGUUCCGGACGGACCAGCAGGUACCGACGAUCGAUGAGGGACAAACGGGAGCAGUGGAUGGUGCCGUCCCGGAUGGGGCUGGUGCGGUAGGCAGCAGUGAGCGGGGGGAGGGUGAGGAUGCGACGGUCAACAUGAGCAAGUACGCGCGACGCAUCGUGCGCGGACAGACGGGUAAUGUUUUGCUCGAUUGUGAAAUCCCACGGUACGGUACACCGGUGGAACGGAAGCGCUGUCGGAAGGCGGGCGAUUUUGUGAUCGGUUACGAGCUUGGGACCAGUCCGGGUGUCCCGCAGACGCAGUAUCUGGCCCGUAAGCAAGGUACCAGCGAAUUCUAUCUGCUGAAGAUCCUCAGCUUCGAUCCGGAAACGGAGAUUGUGGACAAAGAAACGCUACAGGGGAAGGUGCUGCUACACAAUGAGUUUACGCUGCUCUCGAUGCUGGACGAUCUGGAUGGUGUAAUUCAUCAGCACGGAUUUUUCAGCGAUUAUGCCUUUGAAGAGCGUCAGAUCGAGCGGGACGAUGGUACGAUGCAGUCGAUCUACACCGGACGCAUCCGGCGCCGAUUGAUACUCGUGCUGGACUGUGUUCAUGCGCACGAAUUCUGUGACGAAUCGUCCGCUUUCAUAAGCUUGCAGCGUCACAUGCUGGUGGCACGACUAAGCGAACGCGAUGCGCUGGAGCUGUUCUACGAGGUGGUAAAGGUGGUCGAACAACUGCACGCCCGCAACAUCAUCCAUCGCGAUCUGAAGCUGAACAACAUUGUGCUCGAUCGGCGUACGGGCCGUAUCGUGCUGACGAACUUUUUCCUCGGAAAACAUCUCAUCAACGAGCAGGAAUGUUUGUUCGAUCAGCGCGGCAGUCCGGCAUACAUUUCGCCGGACGUGCUGGGCGGUAAACCGUACCGUGGGAAACCAUCCGAUAUGUGGGCACUCGGCGUCAUCCUCUACACGAUCGUGUACGGAAAAUUCCCCUUUCUGGACACCACACCGUCCGCACUGUUUCGGAAGAUUCGUGAAGCGGAUUAUACGAUCCCAAGCGGGUUCAACACAACGCACGAGACGAAAAGUCUCAUCAAGCGUAUGCUAACCCUUAACCCGGACGAACGCUUGACGGCGUCGGAGGUGCGCAUUGAAUUGCAGCAGAAUCUGCGCAAGUUUCGUCGACCACGUAUGAACUGUGAUCAGCUCGUGCCGGAACUGGUUAAUGUGCAACCGCCAGCUACACUACCAGCUUCCGCCGAUAAACUCGUACAUGGCGAUCAAUCCAUCCCGACCGGGAAAGAAUCGUCCAGCGGCCGUUCCAACGUCGAACCGAUGGAGAUUGAUCCGUGCGUAAAUAGUUCGGAAAAGAUGGUCGUAAAUCCAUCGCCCAAAUUCGAUCUAAGCACGGAACAAUUUUCCCGAAUUCUGGAAGCGAACGUUAAUCAAUGCCGCACGGAAGAAUCUUCUCCGAAGUCGAAAGGUGAGCGAACGUUUAAGGUGAAGACAACGACGUACCGCUUCACUCCGACCGCUGUGGCUGCUGGUCAACUACAUCGGCAGCAGGAGCUUGUGGAAGGUGUUACGGUUGGGGGAUUGCAUUCGGGCGGUUCUUCCGGUGCGACAAACCCCUCACCAUCGGAACAACAACCGGCAGCUGGUGGUAGACGAUCGAAUACAUCGGCCACCGCCGGUAACAGUGUUGCGAGUGGUGAACAAUCGCUGUCAUCCAAUGCUGGUCGGAAUUGGAGUCGGUUUAAUUUUAAUUUGAAUCUACAAUAUACCGCAAGCUCUUAUAACAGUGCUGCCAGAGCCGUUGCUGCGGCAAUCGCUGCUGUCCAUAGUGUUGGAACUUCAAGUACCGGAAAUCGGUCCCGAGCGGAAAGAAUUCGAAAUGAACCGAGCGGCAGCGGUCCCAACGUGACAAACGAUCGUCCAUCGUUGCCGCGGCUGCUGAGCGUUAGUCAAACUGUCCGUAUGGUAAGAUCGGCCGGUGGUGCACAGCAACAGCCACAACUAUCGCCACCGCCGCUACUGAUAACCGGUCCGGAUGCGAAUGGUGCGGAACCGAACGUACCAUUUCCACCGUUCGCAUUCGAACAAACGGUGAAUCGUCCAUCGCUCGCCACGUUACCACCGGCGGCACAGCGUCUGUACGCUAUCAUGAACUACAUAUCGCUUAACAAUCGUGCCCCGGCCGGUAACAAUCGAUCCGCGACGCUAGCGACCACGGCAUUACCGACGGCCGCACCAAUCGCCGAGACCGAUUCAACGAUCGGACAUGACUUUAACGGGAUCGUAACGCCGGAAAUAGCGGACAAGAUCGUCGCGUACUUGAUCGUAAAUUUGCGCAGUCUCGACUGGGUGGCGAACGUGUUCCGUUCGAUCGACGGUGGCGUCAAUGAUCCGGAGCUGCGCGUUAACAAUCUGCUCGAGCUGCUGCGCCAGCUCGGCGUCCGGAUGGAGGCGCUGAACGGGCAGAUUGUGAUCCGGGCCGAGCAAACGCGCGACAGACAGCAGUUCCUUAGCUUGCUGCUCCGGAUCGCUGGCUAUAAUGAUAAAUACUUUCACCAACGGUCUUCUUAGCUCGCGCCCAGACAUUAGUAGGUAGAAAAGGGAAUCGAGUCGUCCCCGUGUCGUGCACUGAAAAGGGGAUUUUUUUGUGUUUUUAUAUUUUACUUUGGUAUAGGACUCAUUUAAUCGCAAGUAACACUAAUAGAUAAGUAAACGAAAAAGAGAAACGGGAGAGAGAGAGACAGGGGGAGGGACACUAGACGGAAAAGGUGUUAUGGUUUUUGUUAGAAGCAAGCACAGGUAGCUAGGGACAUGGCGGCAAACAUUAGCGACAGCAACACACUCCGAUGUGCGAGUCUCCCGUAAUAUCUCAACUCAAUUUAUGUUCUUUUCUUGACUGACUGACUGAAUUUUUUUGUUGCUAGUAGCUCGCCUGGUAGGUCCCAUUUUCCAGCCAGUGGCUUACAUAUUGCCACUGCUUAGGAGCAUUCACAUCGCUGAAUGGUUGUUAGUAGUAGAACACUAAUUCGUAGCGCUACUCCCCCGUUUUUGGGGUGUAAAAACUCGACACUUUUUUUGUUGUUUUGGGAAAACAAUAAAGCAAACGCCUGGGAAUGUGCAAACCCGGAUUUAUUGGUCUGCGGACGCCUUACACUGUUAGGACGGCGGACAGUUUAUUAUUGCUUUACGAUUUAUUGAAAAUAAACAAUUUAUAUAUUUUAUGUUAUUAAACAAACAAAAAGGAA